GUGCGUGCGUGCGCGCCCCCGCCACACGGAGCGCAGGCCGAGCCGCAGCCAUGGCCGCACAGGUGCAGAGUCUGCCGCCGCCUCACCGCGCCGCCGGCCCGGCCCCCGAGCCCGCCGACACGCAGGCCGCCGCCAAGCGCCUGAUGGCAGCGCCGCCACCCAAGGUGAACCCGUGGAUCAAGCCGGCUCCCGCCAGCGAGGGCAGCACGCCGAGCUCCGCGCCUGCCGCACAGCCUGGGCCCGACGCCGGGCCUGAGCCCACGGGGCAGGCCGGGGACGGCGCUGAGGAGCCGCGGGCCGCCAGCGCCCGCAGGAUGGAGUUCGUUGAAGCACCGCCGCCCAAGGUGAACCCGUGGACCCGGAGAGUGAGCGGGAGCGGCGUGGAGGCCGAGCCAGAAAUGCCAGCACCGGCCAAAGUCGUCAAAGCAGGAAACCCAAGACCAAAGAAAGGAACCAAGGUCAGCGAUUUUGGUGACGCCACCAACUGGCCCACUCCUGGUGAAAUCAUCAAUAACAAGACGUGGGAGCCAGUUAUUUCCCCUGAGCAUCCACAAAACAGUAAACCACAACAGAACAAAAAGCCCCUCACAAGAAAAGAACGGCCUGAGAAAUGCGACAGCAGUGAGAGCAAAGAGAAUCAGCGAGCCAAGUCGGACGAAUCCCCAGAGGAGAGGAGUGCUGACGAGGAUUCACAAAAAUCAGCACAGAAGAGAAAAGGGUACAAACAGAAAUGGGUCCCACUACAAUUGGAUGUAAAAUCGGAGGGAGCACAGGAGAAACUGGUGACCCGCAGCAACCUGCGGCCCCAGACUGAGCCUCUGCGUCCACCAGUCAACAACAGGAAUGACUCUAAAGGUUACCAUCGUGAGGAGAAGCACGACUCACGGGAUUGGCGGGAAGACCGCGAUGAGAUAUCCAGCGUCAAAAGCGAGGGUGGAACGAUCCGCGGGGGCUUCAGAGGGCGAGGACGAGGGCGAGGCCGGGGGAGGGGACGUGGCAGAGGUGCUUCCCGCUCUCACUUUGAUUAUCAUUACUCCUACAAUUCGAACAGUGACAGUAAUGAUGGAUUGUACAGGCCGAAAUUUGGUGGUGAUAUCAUCUAUUACUAUGACAAUCAGAGCAGUGCCGAGCUGUACACAAUGGACAAAAAGCUGCUCAAAGACUACAUCAAGAAACAGAUUGAGUACUACUUUAGCUUGGACAACUUGGAACGAGACUUUUUCCUGAGAAGAAAGAUGGAUGCAGAUGGUUUCCUGCCAGUCUCAUUGAUCGGAGGCUUUCAUCGAGUCCAGGCUUUAACCACUGACGUCAACCUUAUCUUGGAGGCUUUGAAGGACAGCACUGAGGUGGAAGUGGUAGAUAAAAAAAUCCGAAAGAAGGAAAAUCCUGAGAAAUGGCCUCUCCCGGAGACGGAUUUCACACGACUGCUGAACUGCCCAGAAUUCAUUCCUGGGCAGACGUACAAAAAACAGACAGAAUCAGCUCCAGGUUCCCCGCAGGCUGGCAGUGCGGCGAGUUCGAAGACUGAAGAACCCAGUAACUUGAAGACUUUGCCAAAAGGACUUUCCACCAGCCUCCCAGACUUGGACUCUGACUCAUGGAUCGAAGUGAAGAAACGACAUCGGCCAGCUCCAACAAAACCAAAGAAGUCCGAGGAACCCAAAUCGCAAGUAUGUUUGAAGCCAGAGCAAGAGGAGCAGGAGGAGCUGGAUUUCAUGUUUGAUGAGGAGAUGGAGCAGAUGGUUGGGCGCAAGAACACAUUCACCGACUGGUCAGACGAAGACUCCGACUGUGAAAUUGAUGAUCAUGAUGUAAACAAGAUUCUAAUUGUGACCCAGACCCCCCCAUAUCUGAGGAAACACCCUGGUGGGGACAGGACAGGCAACCAUGUCUCCAGGGCAAAGCUUACAUCUGAGUUCGGCAAGGUCAUUAAUGAUGGUCUGUACUACUAUGAACAGGAUCUGUGGAAGGAGGAUUAUGAGCCUGAAUAUGCAAUGAUAAAGCAAGAAGUGGAGAAUUUCCGGAAGCUGCACAUGAUCAGCCGCGAGGAGUUUGACACCUUGGCACCGGAACCGCCCGUCGAUCCCAACCAAGAGGUUCCCCCUGGACCUCCCCGGCCACAACAAGCCCCUACAGAUGUAUUGGCCAACAAGUUGUUUGGUGCGGCUGAACCACCUGUGUCUUGCGUGGCACGAUCUUUGCCAACAACAGUGCCAGAAUCACCAAGCUACCGGGGUGCACGCACACCCCGUACCCCUCGCACCCCCAGAUUAAAGGAUCCAAGCCAAACGCCCAGGUUCUAUCCUGUUGUGAAGGAAGGAAGGCCAUUGGAUGCAAAGACUCCCCGAAAGCGCAAGACAAGACACAGCUCAAAUCCCCCUCUGGAGAGCCACGUGGGCUGGGUGAUGGAUUCAAGAGAACACAGGCCGAGGGCAUCCUCCUUCAGUUCAAAUGCCAGUCCUUCUGAAGGAAUCCCAGUGGCUGGUGGUUACGGUUGUACACCACAAUCUCUUCCCAAGUUCCAGCAUCCUUCCCACGAGCUGUUGAAGGAGAAUGGAUUCACACAACACGUCUACCACAAGUUCCGCAGGAGAUGCCUAAAUGAGCGAAAGAGAUUGGGAAUUGGACAGUCUCAGGAAAUGAACACACUCUUCCGAUUCUGGUCAUUCUUCCUGAGAGAUCAUUUCAACAAGAAGAUGUAUGAAGAGUUCAAGCAGUUGUCAGUAGAGGAUGGGGAAGAAGGUUACAGAUACGGGCUGGAGUGCCUUUUCAGAUAUUACAGCUAUGGCCUUGAGAGGAAAUUUAGACCGGAGAUAUUCAAGGAUUUCCAGCAAGAAACCAUUGCGGAUUAUGAAGCAGGGCAGCUGUAUGGACUCGAGAAAUUCUGGGCCUAUCUAAAGUAUUCGAAAGCUAAGAAUCUGGAUAUUGACCCAAAACUUCAGGAAUACCUCGGCAAAUUUAAACGCUUGGAAGACUUCCGGGUGGAUCCUCCAAUUUGCGAUGAAGUUGGCCGCAAGCGACUUUCACAAGGCGGUGAGGAAAAGCGCCGCCUGCCAUCCGUGUCUUCCACUAAAACCUCUGGUGCUGCCGGUGAGGCUGAGAUUGGGACACCACUCCCCUCUGAAAGAAUGACAGAAGGAGCUGACUCUCCUCCAAGCCUGGAGGAUGCUUCUGCAGAACUCCAGGACAUGGCGACCACAGACAAGUAGAGAGUGGACUCUGCCUCUCUAGCCUGGAUCUUUAUUUGAACCUUGGUAUUGUCACCGCAAUGAGCUACAGAAAAACUGGGCUGGAUAUCAGACAUUCUUCAACUGGGCAGUGGGCAAUUGAAUCAACUGCCUGAAGUCUUGUAUUCAAAGCUGGGUUCACGCCUUCACCCAUAUGAAUGAAUGUUGCAUGAGAACAAUUGUCUGAAAUAUAAUUCAUCUGCUUGAUUUGGGAGUCGACAAUACAGCUUUCACUCAGAUAUCCAAAAAAAAUCAGAACCCCUCCCCAGCGGAGAAUGGGAUUAAAAAGAUGCCUUAUUAUUGCCUGCUCCUGUUUUUUGAGCAGCACAUAGUUAAAUUCUGCUCACUCAACUAAUGACUCUCCUAUUGGCCUGCUAAUGUUGAUAAAAUUAUCAGUUCCUUAUCCUGGAUUUUGAAUUGUCAAGGUUUUGUUUGCACCCGAUUAAAGUAACCGCAGGCGGGAUCGAAUAGGGAUGGUGAUUUUAAACUGCAGAUCCUAUUGCGUGACAGGUACUCAGGCCUUGUUCCACUUGUUGGAAUUGAACUUGGAACAGCCCAGCAGCCAGAGAUACUGACAUUAGGAAGUAGCUAGUGGUCCCGUGUUAAACUGAGCCAGGCCACUGCAGCGUAUAUUUGGCACAACUCCUUUGUUGCUACUCUCCAGUUGUGUCCUUUAUUUUCCUCUACUCAAGCCAACAACACCUUGAAAAAUUCAAGAGUUUGAUUUCGUCGGGAGCUGAUGAGCUGCUUGGAGUAGUAUUGCUGAAGUUAUAUUGGGGAUUGUCAUUUUCAGCUGUCAUGUGUUAUGUAGGGGUGUCACAGUGCAGUUUUUUUUUGGUUUCCUGAUAAAGUUGUGACCUGAUGCCCCAUUGAUAUGGUGUUGUCCUGAAACCACAACCCUGGAGCCAAAGCUGCAUCUUGUUCACCAUUGUCACUCUCAUUGUGGUCUGUGGUUAGCAGUGAACGGGGAAAACAUGGCGCCUUGCAAUUGCUGCAGCUUUGCUGUGUCGCAAUGUAUUGGGAUGUGCUGUUGCAAAGCUGGUGAUCUGGGAUUUAAUAUGUUGUGAUUGCCGUGCAAGUAUCUCCUGGGUGGGCUGAAGAGGUCCCAAAAGAGGAGCUGGAGAUGAAAAAUCUACUAAGGUAGCCUCUCUGGCUCCAGCUCAAAUCCUGGGUCAAACGUUCCUCAAGGAGAUCUCAAUGGCAAAGGGUGUGACACUUUCAAUGCGGAAAAUUAAUGUUCAUUGUCUCACCCGUCCCCCUUCUCAGCCUGUUUCUCCCCUCCGCCUCCCAAAUCCCCUCUCUCGGCCAUCCACCUCCCCUCCCUCGGCACCUGCCCCAUCCCUCCCGCACUCUCUUCCUGUCCCUCACACAUUCAGCAGUCUGUUUUUCGGAAUUGAAGUGAAUAUUUGAAGUGCCCUAAGUUGCGUGGGGUGUAUUCCCAUGAGCCUGGUCCCAGCUACAGCUGUACGGUCUGGCAGGCAUCACAAAUUGCAGCUUCUGUCUUCCUCUCCUCAGUGCUGAGCUCACUGAAGGGCUAAAAUCCUGAAACCAAAGGUUUGGUCUGUGCCGUUGGAUGUGAUUUCUUCAGGCAAGCAUUUGCUAUCCAUGCCUAUUCUUACAGAGGAUGAGUGGGAUUGAACAUGCUGACCAGGCACAUCAGUGUACAGGGUGUGGGUGAAAUUGGUGCAGGUUCCAACCCUGCAUCCCAGGGCUGGUGGGCUUCUCAGUCGAACGUGUCCUCUGUAACCUCACCACGAGGAGAUACGUUCUGAAAGUAUCUGUGCUGUCUUUCGGGUGUGAUGGAAGUAAACCUGCUUGAAUGCAGAAGUCCAGAUCGCUGCCUGAUGCGUUCCAACUGUCAAUUCUAACCUGACACUAGUUCUGUGAUUUUGAAAACGCAUUGUUUACAUUUCACGAUUCCAGUCAUCCCAUAAACUUCCAGGAUUCCUGAAAAUGAUUCCCUGGAAUCAUAGGACUGUGAUCAUUCACAGGUCAGGGUUUCAACUACUUAACCAGAAUGUUCAUGCCUAACUGAUGGAUCUAUUGUAACUGAAAGGCUGGAAUGUUGGAGUAAUUCAGGUAGAGAUUCCUGAAUGUGCAACCAGCAGUUAUGGUGAUGUGAAGCUGCUUUUAUUUAAUGAAUUUCUUUCAAAAUGCCUUUUGAAACAAGAACAUUUUUAUUUCAGGUGAUUUGGAAUAUUUGGAGAGCUUAUCUUUGCCGUUUAGUGAAAUCACACUGUUGCAGUUAAAAUUCUAGUGUGCGAUUCAUGGACAAUUUGUAUAUAACGCAAGUCCACGAGCUUGUAGCUGAAUGUCAUUUUUUUUUUCUAAAUAAGAAUCUUCAACAAUCUCAUAUUUGCCAAAGAAAAAAAUCUGGGUUUCACAGAUGCUAAGUGCAAGUCCGCUACAACACAAGGUGCUGUGGAUUUAUUCUGAGUGAGAGGCAGCUUGCAGAGACCCUACUAGCCUGCUUUCCCCAUCAUCCCUCUCAUUCAGCAGAGUUAACAUCUUCUCCCCAUGCACCACACUCUCCUUUUCCACUGUGGCUCCUGCCCUCUCAGCCAUAUCUUGCUGCAGCCACUCCCGAUUAGACAGAACCCCUUGACACAGCAUAACGAUGAGUGCUAACGUUGUUAAAUGUGUAAAGUUAGAAACCCGCUUCAUGCAUCUGGCAUACUGUGAAGUCCCUGCUGAUAAUUAUCCAAGGGGAACUCGCUCGCCUCAGGAAGGUCAGUGAACAUGGCAGGUGUGGGGUUCAUUAAAUUACACUUCCUCACGUUCGUGCACAGUAAUUUCCUGUGCUGUUGCCCAAAGUGAGAGUGUUAUCUAGUGUGGUAGAAGACGAACAGAAAGCAAACCAUCUUUGCAACAUCUCACAGAUGCUGGGGUGUUGCUGGCUGCGUCCCGCCAGCUGAGAGGGCGAGUCUGACUGCAGAUACGGCUCGUGGCAUAGAUGUGGCGGCUCCUGUCGAACUAAAGUUGAAGAGCAACUCUGGCGUUUAAGUACUCUGCAAGUUGAUAUAGUGCAUUUGUAUCUUUAAAACUGCUUUUAAAAUUCUUGGCUUAUUGAUCUUGGGGGGUUUUUUUUGAAAGGGACAGAAUGAAACGAGGAAGAAUAAAAUAUUCUGGAAAAUCUUAAUCCCUUUGCUGAUGCUAAGUUCUCAGGUCAUUGGUGGCUCAGAAAUGGUGCUGGAUUUGGAGAGUUUCUUGCUCUGGUUUUCUUUUUGAGAGUUGUGGAUCACUUGUUGUCUGCAACUUUCCACCAACAUUAGCCCGCGUUUACACCGCUCACAUUCCUUUUCAUUUCAAGCUCCUGUCAGUUCACACAUGAAGACAGAGUCAUUGUUUACUUUUAAUAUAUUCAACCGGAAAUAAGCCUGUCAGUAAGUGUGGCAGGAGUGUAUAUCAAUGUUUAAUUUUAAUCCAUUUGUGCAACAGUCUGUCCAUUCAGGAGGGGAGGGGUUGGGGGCUCGGGGUUAAUCUCUACCAAUGAAUAGUGACUGGAGCACCAUAUGGCUUUCCCUUUAACACCAAGCUAGUCCUGGGUCGAGUUCCCAUUAUUACCGCUGCAUUUGGAAAUCUCCUACCCCAUUGAUUUGUGCUUCCAAUCCUCUUCCUCUGUCAGCAGUGCUUGAUUUUAGAAGGUCUCUGGUCUCACUUGCCAAGGAUGUUGAUAGGAUAUUCAGUUUUCAAUACAACCAAUGACCAUUGAUGGUUUGCAAGGGGGUACGGUGGUUUUAUGAGCCAACAACAGGCCUGCAGUUAUUCAGCAGUUUCAUUGCUGAAGUAGAGAUAGGUUGAGUGCCGCAGUGGAACAUUAGACUGAAGUGAAAUGCUCAGAGGCCUGUUAAAAUGCUGGUGAAUCUCCUUAUGCUGGCUGCUGUUGUACUAAAAACUACCAUAUGCGCAGUUUUACCCCACUUUUAAAAAAAACUUGUAAAAUACUUGAACAAGAGCUUGUAACAUAAACUUAAUCAUUUAGUCUUUGCUUUUUAGUCUGAUGUGGUUCUUUCUGGCUAGUGUUUUGCCCUUUGUAAUUUGUGGUAACUCUGCUUUCUUUUUAUAUAAAAAUCAAUUAAAAUGCACAAAAAAUUAAAAAACACUAAAAUGA